GAUUACUAUAUAACUGAUGUUGAGUCCCGGUCGCCGCAUUUAUUGCUGUGUUAUCGAACGAUAUAGACCUGCGACUAACCUAAAAUAACAUUUAUCUAAAUAAUCAAAGUGAUGGCGCCGAUUACAGACAGUGUUAACGGAAGUAAAAUCUACACACCCGUGAAGGAAAGUCUACCUGAAGUCGAUCCCGAUGACGGAUAUGGCGCGAAACGGUACUCAUACGAAACCCUUGUGGAGAUAGCAAACUUCCUGCUCUCCCGUGUCUCAAUCCGGCCAUGCAUUGGCGUCAUUUGCGGCUCCGGGAUGGGUUCGUAUUGGAAACAUGGGUCGUUAGCUGAAACUAUAACUGACGCGGAGUGCAUACCUUACGAGGAUAUUCCCAAUUUCCCCGUGAGUACUGUUGAGGGACAUCAUGGAAAGCUGGUGUUCGGAAGACUGGAUGGCAUUCCGGUUGUGGCGAUGCAAGGACGCUUCCACUAUUACGAAGGAUAUCCACUUUGGAAAUGCUGUCUACCGGUUAGAGUUAUGAAGCUUAUUGGGGUAAAGACACUUAUUGCGACCAACGCGGCGGGAGGUCUGAACCCUAAUUACAAGAUUGGAGAUUUAAUGAUCAUGAAGGACCACAUUAAUAUGAUGGGUUUCGCUGGCAACAAUCCCUUACUGGGACCUAAUGAUGAGAGAUUCGGACCCCGAUUUAUACCGAUGAACAAAGCUUACAAUUACGAAUACAGACAAAUCGCUAAACAGUUGGCCAAAGAACUGAAUAUAGAGAAUUUAGUAAGAGAAGGAGUGUACACAUGUCUCGGAGGACCUAACUUCGAAACGGUUGCAGAACUAAACAUGCUGAAGAUGGUUGGUGUUGACGCUGUGGGCAUGUCGACUGUACAUGAGGUAAUUAUUGCGAGACAUUGCGACAUGAAAGUAUUCGCUCUGUCUUUAAUAACAAACGAGUGUGUGACGCGAUAUGACCAGGACGAUGAGGCGAAUCACGAAGAGGUGUUGGACGUGGGGCGAAUGAGGCAGGACAUCCUCCGCAAAUACGUCACCAGACUAGUCGCUAAGUUCGCGGAAAUUGAAAAUUAUUAGUAACCAGUAUAAUAUGUCAUUUAAAUACAUUAAUUUACUCGAAGGUUCAGAUUCAAUCUAUACUAAUAUUAUAAAGAGAAGAGAUUUGUAUUUUUGUAUUGAAAUAACUCGAAUACUGGACCGAUUUUAAAAAUUCUUUCACCGUUAAAAACCUACGUUACCACUAAGUAACAUAGGCUAGCUUUUAUUUUAUUUUUUAAUCCACGCGGACGAAGUUGCGGGCAACAGCUACUAUAUCAAAUCUCGGAAUUUAAUAUAAUUGUUUAUUAGCUUAAUUUUUGGUAGGAAAUUUGUAGCAUAUUCUUGCCAUUUUAUUUAAGUGUGAAGUAUGGCGAAUUUUCUGUACCCAGUAAUCUCAUAAUCGUAGGUAAGUUAAAAGAUUUUUUAUAUAAAAUUUACUGUUUAAUAAACUGCUUGGGUAAUACACAUUUAUGUUAUUUAGAAAUUAAAUUUAUUUAUUUCGAAGUAUUCGAUAUUAUGUGUCUGUACUAUUACCCAAAUAAAUUGCAUAAUAUACUGCAUAUCAUUGUAUAAGAUUUUAUCAUAAUAACAUAUAAAUAUGUAAAUAUUUAAUUUAAAUAGUUUAGUUGAUGAAGAGCAUUUAUAUAAAUAUAAAUAUCUG